AUGUACUCUGCGAAUAGAAAUAAAGCUGUUCCGGGUUUGUUUCCUCAUCUAGAGUAUCAGAGCGGUGCGGCUAUCGAUAUACCGGUUGAUGCCAUUUCUAUAGAUUCACUUCUCUUCCAGCAGGUCGUGAAUGAGCUGCCUGUUGGGUACAAAAACGAAAUGUCGAAUGAUAAGUUUUAUCUUUCAAGGCUAUACAAUCAAAAGACAUCAUCGCCGAAUACUAAUGCUGUGGCAUACGAAAGUUUCGAAGAGUAUGACAGAACGUUAAAGAGGGAGACGAGAAUGAGACAACGUUUAGAGACACUUGAAAACGUUUUUUCUAAUAAUGGAAUCAAAUUACCUAAGGUUGAGAACGCACAAACAAUUUACACGCACGAAGUACCACCUCCAGCACAGAUUCGUGGUAGUUCCAGAAGGUCGUUUAUGUCAUUAUUUCGUCGCCGAGGCAGCGACACCCGUCAGCGCUCUCUAGACUACAGUAGGCAAAUUCUCAUGAGUCCUUCUAACCAUACAGCGGUCAUAGACGAUGGUAACCCAGAAUGUGAUUUUAUAGAUUACCGCUACGAAAAAAAGGCCCCAGUAGUACAAGAAGAAAUAGAGCCGGUCUCUACCUGGACAAUUGAAUUCAUUGAUGGAAGUGAAGAAAAUCAGCAAUUGCCAAAAAAAUUCCAUAAUCGAGUAACGAUUCAAAGAAAACUUAAAGUACGACACCUUCAAAUGAUAUCACUGGGCGCAACUAUUGGCGUUGGGUUGUUUUUAAACUCUGGUAAGGCCUUUUCAAUAGGAGGUCCAUUGGGAGCCUUCAUAGGUUACGUUUUUGGUGGACUAAUUAUUUUGGCUACCCUGUUGUCAUUUGCAGAGAUCGUUGCUCUUAUUCCACUCAUCACGGGCAUGUCCGGUUUAUCAUCAAGAUUUGUGGGGGACGCAUUUGGUUUUAGCGUCGGCUGGUGCCAUUGGCUGUCCUAUGCGGCAGCAUUUCCCUCUGAGCUUAUCGCAUCUACUAUAAUGCUGACAUACUAUCCUAAUUUGGUCGAAAUAGGUACAAGAAAGUCUCUUGCGGCCAUUACGAUUACUGUCAUGGUUAUUGUUCUGACCUCUGUAAAUUUGAUGGACGUUAGAGUUUACGGAGAAUUUGAAUAUUAUGCCAGUGCUUUUAAACUACUGAUAGUUGUGUUACUGAUUAUUUUAAUGAUCGUUCUAAAUGUUGGAGGAUUGCAUAAUGACUACAUCGGAUUCAGAUAUUGGGAAAAGUCAAAAUCUCCUUUUUUGGAGGUCACGUUUGGUCCAUUUAGGCCAACGUUUGACCUGAAGGAUCGUGGAGAUGGUGCCAAAAACGGUAUUUCUGGUUUUGGAGGCGUAAUUUUGAGCAUCAUCUCUUCCACACUUGUAUCUGUCUUUUCUUAUGUUGGUUCUGAAAUAGGUUUUGUUGCCGCUGGCGAGGCAGAGAAUCCAAGAAAAGCUGUGCCCUCAGUAACAAAGCGUAUUUUUACUAGAGUUAUUGUCUUUUACCUGCUUUCUAUUUUCGUAGUUGGUCUCAACUUUUAUUCUGGUGAUCCUAGGCUUAUGCGCUACUACGCAGGAAGUAGUGGUGUGAUGUCGGCUGCAGACUACAAGGAAUAUGAAAGUGUUAUUGAUGCCAUAGGAGGACUUAACUGCAACACCAUGUUGACCCAGAAGCUGUUUUUAAAUGAGAAUUCUAAUCAAUCACCAUGGGUUAUAGCUCUACAAUCCUUCAAACAGUGUACCCUGUCAUCAUUUGUGAACGGUGUUUUCGUUGCAAUUGGUAUCUCGGCUGCAAGUUCACAGCUUUACGCGUCCAGCCGAACCCUUUAUUCUAUGGCAACGCAGCAGAAAGCGCCAGCUGUCUUUACAUGGUGCAAUAAAAAUGGAGUGCCCUACAUGGCCGUUUUGUUUUGCGCCGUUUUAGGGUUUUUGAGCUUACUUUGUCUGAACAUGAAUAGCUCCGACGUUUUCGUCAUUUUCAUUAAUAUCGGCGCAAUGGGUAGUGUUAUCAUGUGGUUCGGGAUGAAUUUGUCAUUUUUACGCUUUUAUUACGCACUUAAAAGACGACCAGAUAUUGUAUCCCGUGACUCGAAAGAAUACCCAUAUAAAUCACCUUUGCAACCUUACCUAUCGAUCUUUGGAAUGGUUUCCACGAUUCUGCUUUUAAUAUUUAACGGAUUCCAGAAUUUUUUUUUAUGGGAAACUAAGAAUUUCAUAUCCUCGUAUCUCACUGUUGUUCUAUUUGCUUUGUUGUAUGUGGGCUAUGGCUGGAUCAGAGGCUCCAAAAUAAACAAGUUGGAACAGAUUGAUUUGGAUUCUGGACGCAGGGAGAUGGACAGAAUAAUUUGGAAAGAGGGAGUUGAUUAUUCACUGAACGUUAAGGAACUCAUGAAAAAGAUCUUUAGCUAUUUAUGA